GUAAAUCAGUCAACAGAAACCAAAACAAAAUAAUGAAUAGUGAUAGAAUAAAUGAGAAGGAAUUUAAACAACUCUGUCGUCUUUUACAAAUUCAAACAGAUGUUACAAUACAUGAUUUAAGGAAAGCAUAUUUUCGUCUGGCUAGAAGCUGUCAUCCGGAUAAAAAUCCCAAUAACGAAUUAGCAACAACGCAUUUUAUUCUAGUUAGUCGUGCAUAUCAAACAUUAUGCAGUCAACUGGAUUGGAAUAGAACAAGAAAACCAUCUGAAUUUUCUACAAAAGGGAAAAAAUGCAGUAUCGUAGAACAAUUUUUAUCUGAUCUUAAACGACAAGAUAUUGAAUGGCCCAAAUUAAAUAAAUUGUACAACGAAAAUCCAAGUCAUUGUUUACCAAUUGAUAAAUUAUUAAAUCAUUUAUUGGAAGCCACUUUAUUAACUGAAAACAUUACAAAAACACAAACAUCAGAACAAAGUCAAACUCUUAUUCCUAGUGGAAAUUCUGUCAAUUCUGGCAUAUCUCGCUCUAAAACAUCACCUUGUACAAGAAAACAAUCAUUUGACAAGAGAAAAAUCCAACUAAAAGAUAAUGUAAUAGUACCGUAUUGUGAUGAUAACCAACAGGUUGUUGAAAAAACCCACUCCCAACUAUCACGCAAUGAAGAUAGCUUUAUACCAAUAAAAACUUCAGAUUUGACAAUAACAGAUGAAUGGAUAAACGAAACACAGAAUUUAUUGGACAACAUAAAAUCAACAAGACGAUUAGGCCACCAUUCAUGUACACCAUGUUUGAACAUCAGACGCUGUUCAGACAUAGAAAAUUCAAAUUUACUUCCGGUAAUUGAUAAUCCAGAUAUGAUGCGAUGCUUAACUUGCUACAGAACAUUCAAACAAGAUGUGGCUACUAAACAUGUGGAAGUAUGUAGGCGCAAAUCACAAAUUAAUGAAGAUGGAACAAAUUCUUUGGGUUCUACUGUGGCUACUGGUUAUUCACCUGUAUUAUUUCGGGCUAGACAGGAAAUAUCUUGCUUAUUUAGUGUAAAAUAGUAAAUUAUGUUCUCAAUAAACGAAACUUCUGAGGACCUCAUUCAAAUUAGUCGAAAUUGCAGAGAUUCAGACGUCUUAGAAAUAACUCCUAGGUCUGCUUUAAAACAAAAUGGAACGUGUCGAACAAAGUAAAAGUUUUAUUUUAGUCCAGUGGUUUGUGACAAGAUGAUUUAUU